AGACACCCCCGUCCACCAGCUGUUUAAAUGAAUCAGACGGCAAACAAUUUUCAUAGCGCCGCCGGCUGUGGCUUCAAAACUCGAUUUAAAAACUAAUUAGAAAUGUCAAACUGUGGAGAGGAUGGCAAGGAGGAGGAACUGCCCGCAAAUACGCUGGAGCACUUCACCGAACUGGCCGAAGUGCUGGAGAUGAUCGACAACAUCAAGUCGAUUGAGGUGGCGUCUUUUGAAAGGGAGUUCGAACAGUACGCCCAGGUCUUGACCCGCUACCAGGAGCAGCCUCAUCUCCUGGAUCCUCACCUUGAGGUCCUGCUCAAUAAGCUGCUAGGAAAGAUUAGGCAGCCGGAUCUACCAGAGGGGGAGCGCCAUGCUGCCUUCAAAUAUCUGUACAUUAUCUCCAAAGUUCGCACCUACAAGGUCCUGGUGAAGUUUAUGCCGCAUGAGUUGAGCGACUUGGAGUUCGUGUUGGACCUGCUGGGGCAGCAGGAUCCCAAAGAGUUUGCCCAGUGGGAGACGCGCUACAUACUGCUCCUGUGGAUGUCCAUACUGGUGUUAAAUCCUUUCCAUAUGUCCCGGCUAGACGCCUACGAAACACCAGCCACCAAUUCCAUCAGCAAUCACAUUCAGUCCAAGACUACCAAAAUGGAACGCAUCUACGAACUGAUCCAGGUCUAUGUCUCCACCAACGACACAUGCAGUAGCAUGGCUGCUUACCUGGCAGCCAAGUACUUUGUCCGCAGCGACAUAAAGGAUCUGUACCUGGAGCGAUUUCUCGACUGGAUCAUCGGGCAGCAUGACGCCAAUACGGUGAACGUAAAGUUCGGCCAGCUGGCGGCUGUGGCUGCGAUUUUGAAGCACGGAAAACGAGAGGAUCUGCUGCCGUAUGCCGACAAGCUACUCCAGUGGAUCACUUCCUGCCAAUACAAGGACGGCAACGACUUCUUGAAGUACAAGAACUACGUGAAAAUCAUUCAGAGGAUUGGCCUCGUACACCUGAAGCCGCGCAUAGCUAGUUGGCGGUACAAAAGGGGCACCCGUUCUUUGGCCACCAAUCUUCGCCAGGCUGCUGGCGCUGGUGGAGAAGCGACAGCCGCCAUGGAGAGUUCCCUUGACGAGGGCGAGGAGAUUCUGGUGCCCGAUGCCAUCGAGGAAGUAAUCGAGGAGCUGCUCCAGGCGCUACGCAGCGGGGGAAAUGACAUCCGAUGGAGUGCGGCCAAGGGACUGGGACGGGUGACCAAUCGUCUGCCCAAGGAGCUGGCCGACGAGGUGAUUGGAUCGGUGAUUGAUAUCCUCAAUCCCUUGGAGCCUCACGAAGCCUGGCAUGGCGGCUGCUUGGCCCUCGCAGAGUUGGCUAAAAGGGGUCUGCUCCUGCCACACCGACUGGAGGAGCUAGUGCCGCUGCUGAUGCAGGCUCUCUUUUACGACGAGAUGAAGGGCUACAUGUCGGUGGGGCAGCACAUCCGAGACUCGGCCUGCUACAUGUGCUGGGCAUUUGCCAGAGCCUACAACCCGGAUGACCUCAAGCCGUUUGUCCACAAGAUCUCGUCUGGACUGCUAACGGUGGCGGUUUUCGAUCGAGAAGUUAACUGCAGACGCGCUGCAUCGGCCGCCUUUCAGGAGAGCGUGGGCCGACUUGGCAAUUUCCCAUUCGGCAUCGAGAUCUCCACCACCACCGACUUCUACUCAGUGGGCAUUCGUCAGAACUCCUAUCUGAACAUAAGCGAUUACAUAGCCCAGUUCGAGGUCUAUAGGGAACCACUGAUUAAUCAUCUUGUGCAACGGAAAGUUAACCACUGGGACCUGACCAUUCGGGACCUCACGGCCAAGGCUCUCCACAAGUUAUCCCUCAAGGAGCCGGAAUAUAUGGCGGCAGUGGUGUUGCCGCAGCUCUUGGCCAAAACGGAUACCAUUGACAUCAACUGCCGACAUGGUUGUGUCCUGGCCAUGGGAGAGAUCACCCUGGCCCUGAGGAAUUUGGAGCAGAAGAGUGAGAACUCUGUGGCGUAUCUUUCUAAUCAACGAAUUGUUGAACUAAACGAACUGGUACAAUCGUUCCUGGACAGAAACUUCUAUCGCGGAAUGAGCGGAGAGCUAAUGAAGUCCUGCACCACCAACUUUAUCAAAAACUGCAGCCUGGCCAAGCUAAAGGUGACCCCGGAGUGCUUGGUUUCCUGGCAAAAAGUCAUAGACUCUUGUUUGGUCACCAAAACCAACUCGAUUCGCUCCUCGGCCGUGGAUGCCUUUGCCGAGCUCUGUCGCUCCUAUUAUGGCUCUGAGUCCAGGCAAAGCCAGGACAACGAGGCCAUCAUAAGUGCCUAUUUGAAAGGAGCCGAGAACGAUCUCGAGGAGCACAUACGCAUGGGUUAUAUUGCAGCUCUGGGAGUCCUACCUGACUUUAUGUUACGUCCACAUCUUCCCAGGGUCUUGGACAGUCUCGUGAAGCAUUCUCUGACGCCCCUGCAGGCGGUCUUAGUUGGUGAAAUGAGCGGAGAUCGCGAGAAUAUCCAGGCCUACCGGUGGAGCGAAGCUAGAACGGAGAGUGUGAAGGCGCUAACCAAAGUCGUCAAAACUGUGGGCUAUGAGGGAGGAUCAGAUUCCUUUUCGGAGCGUGGCAACUUCAACAAAGUUGUGGAUUGCUUGCUGAAAGCUUUGGAUGAAUAUACUCUGGACAAUCGUGGCGAUAUUGGUGCUUGGGUGCGUGAAGCAGCCAUGUCGUCGCUUUACGAGAUCGUGACAGAGUGUCCGCCGGAGCUGCUUUCCUCGGAGCAUGUCCAUGAAAUCGUUGUGGGCUUCAUGCAGCAAGCAGUUGAGAAAAUCGACCGAACGCGAGGAUUAGGAGGACGUCUUGCCUGUCAGCUGGUACAUCAUCAGCCGCGGAUUCCGCAUAUCCGAGCGCACGAGAAGCUGCUGGAGAUCUUCCCGGAGGACGCCAAUGCUGUUCUUUGGCUCUUCGCCGACCACACAUUCCCCUUGUUCUGUGAGCUGCUAGCCUGUCCGGAUUACUCUAAAAGGGUACUCCUGGGACUGUCGGCCAGUAUUGGACAACUGACUGAAUCUCUAAUUAAGUACGCCUCGACGGCUCUAUUCCAGUUUUUGCGUUCCAAUCCCGACACAGUGCCACGUCUGUGCUCCGAAAUUGUGGAAAUUUUCGAGGAAAACCUACUAAACGAGCGUGUCACAUAUCCUAUGCUUAGUUUCCUGGAUAUACUAAUCGGUUCUGGUACCGUGGAAUCGGUACUCCAUGAUGAAACUCAUCCGUUUGCCGAGGACAUCUUCCGGCUGCUAAAUCUGGAGGUUAAGGGAUACAAGAAACUAUACAAGACCGCGACCAGUAUUAGUGCAUACUGCCAGCUGCUUCAGGUGACACGGCUGAGCCGAAGAAUCCUCUCCAAACUGUCAGUAUUUCUGGGACUGCAGCACGUCCAUGUCCGCAAAACGGCAGCCACAAAAUUGUACGAAGCUUUGGCUCUGCACGGAGAUGUGACUGAGAUACCAGAGGAUAAUAUCGACGAGAUCCUGACACUGCUCUCGGAAACAGAUUGGACCAUGCCACUGGUGGAAGUGCGACCACUUCGCAAUCAACUAUGCCACCUGAUGGGCAUCAAGGCACCUGUGAGCGGCGCAGCUGCAACGGCUUUGCAACAAACCAAUGCCGAUAAAUGAGAUUUAAUUUUAGGACUUAACUAACUAACUAUAUAAUUUAUCUUUUUUUGCACAAAUAUACAAAAGCAUUUUAAAGAUAACAAUUUUUUACAAUUAUA